CACUUGGAGUUUCCGCUCGCUAACUAGCAUAGCUGACGCAGUGCUCUGCAGCGAAAGACUCGCAAAUCAAAACAAACGCUUUUACCGAACCUGGCUUUGUAAAGACCGCGUUAUAUGGAUUUUUGUGGUUUUUCUUUUGGUCCCACAAUGCAGGCACAUGUAGAAAAUAUGUUUCCAUAGAUUUGAGUGAACGUAUUACAAGUUAUUUGUUUAGCAACAUUAGCUAACUUAGCUAUCGUUACUUAGCCUGGCUCAUCUGAAAGGAGCACAUUAGCUCAGUCGACACAGCAAGCUGGCUGAAACCAAAUUAAACCAAAUCUGAAACUCCGGUUACGAAAGUAUGUCGGAUUCAGACAGUGACGAGGACCAAGAUCGUCCUUUCUCUAUAACUGGCUUUCUCUUUGGAAACAUCAAUGAAGAUGGACAGCUUGAGGAUGACAGUGUUCUGGACAAUGAGUCCAAAAAGCAUUUGGCUGGUUUGGGUACUCUGGGUCUGGGCACACUCAUUACAGAAAUCACUGCCAAUGAGGAGGAGGAGGAGGAUCAAGAGGAAAGCAGGGAGUCUGGUACUGUGGAUGCAGAAGGUUGGGUGAAGAGCACAGAGGAUGCAGUUGAUUAUUCUGACAUCAGUGAGGUCGCUGAGGAUGAGACAAAAAAGUACCGUCAGGCCAUGGGGUCUUUGCAACCCAGCAGGAAAACAGAUGAUGAAGAUGACUAUGAUGCUGAUUGCGAGGAUAUUGAUUCUAAGCUCAUGCCUCCACCGCCACCCCCAAGUCUACCUACAUCUGCUAAGAAAGAGGAACCCUCAUCUCAGAGCUCAAAUGUUGGGGAAGAGGGUGAUGGCAUCAUCUUGCCCUCCAUCAUCGCACCAUCUUCUACAGCUGAUAAGGUUGAUUUCAGCAGCUCCUCAGACUCUGAGUCAGAAACUGACCGUCCCUGCCAGGACUUAGGGGCUGGAGGCCCCCCAGAUAGGCUCACCCUCCCUCUUGCUGGUAUCAUGCAGAAAGAUGCAGCCAAAGCACUGCCAGGUGUCACAGAGCUCUUCCCCGAGUUUAGGCCAGGAAGGGUGCUUAGGUUCUUACGGCUGUUUGGUCCUGGAAAGAACAUGCCAUCAGUUUGGAGGAGUGCCCGCAGGAAGAAAAAGCGAAAGCACAGAGACCCUCAGCCUGGGACACCUCCUCCAGAGGGAGAACCAACAGAGCAAAGCCAGGAGAAGAAAUCUGGAUGGCUUUACGAGUAUGCGCCCGCUCCUCCCCCAGAGCAGUGUCUGUCUGAUGAUGAGAUAACCAUGAUGGCUCCAGUGGAAUCCAAGUUCUCACAAACUUGUGGCGAUGGGGACAAGGAGGCAGAGUCUCGACCUAAAGUAGCAGAAUGGCGAUACGGCCCCGCACAGCUCUGGUACGACAUGCUUGGCGUCUCUGAGGAUGGAAGCAACUUCAACUACGGCUUCAAGCUAAAAGAAAUGACGACCAGUGAGCCUCAGCAGCAGGACACGCUUAAAGAAAUCACAGAGACUGUACAUGAGUUUUUCAAGCGAGAUGGCAACGACGAUGAUGAUAAUGAAGAUGGAGAUAAGGACAGAUCAGCCCUGGAGAAUGAGCUCUUCCUGAUGGUCACGCAGCUGAAAUGGGAGGACGAUAUUAUCUGGAAUGGGGAGGACGUAAAACACAAGGGCACAAAGACUCAGCGAGCCAGCCUGGCAGGUUGGCUGCCCUCGAGCAUGACCCGCAAUGCAAAUGCUUAUAACGCACAGCAGGGUUUGACAAGAAGUAAUUCCCAGUUGGUGCCACCCACACCUCCACCCAUCCCCAAAGCUGCCUCCAUCUCUGGCUCUAAGCGGGAAAAAAACAGCCAUGAUAACCAAGCUUCUCAUGAAGAAGACUCCCCCUGGUUCUCCAUUUUCCCCAUUGAUAAUGAGGAGUUGGUGUAUGGACGCUGGGAAGAUAACAUUAUCUGGGAUGAUCAGGACAUGGAUCACAUGCUCAUGCCGCCUGUUCUUACACUGGAUCCCAAUGAUGAAAAUAUCAUCCUAGAAAUCCCCAAUGAAAAGGAGGAGAUGACUUCCCACUCCCCAUCAAAAGAGAAUAAGAAGGAAACGGCAAUCAAAAAGAGCCGCAUCCUGCUGGGGAAGACUGGGGUGAUCAAAGAUGAGCCACAGCAGAACAUGUCCCAGCCUGAAGUGAAGGACCCCUGGAACCUCUCCAAUGAUGAGUUCUACUAUCCGAAACAGCAGGGCCUGAGGGGAACGUUUGGUGGCAACAUCAUACAGCACUCCAUCCCGGCCCUGGAGCUGAGACAGCCGUUCUUCCCCACUCACAUGGGGCCCAUGAAGCUGCGCCAGUUCCAUCGGCCGACUCUGAAGAAGUACUCGUUUGGGGCUUUGGCUCAGCCAGGUCCCCAUCCUGUCCAGCCGCUGCUCAAACACAUCAAGAAGAAGGCCAAGAUGAGGGAGCAGGAGCGGCAGGCAUCAGGGGGAGGGGACAUGUUCUUCAUGCGAACCCCGCAGGACCUGACAGGCAAAGAUGGAGAUCUGAUCCUGGCAGAGUACAGCGAAGAAUACCCCCCUCUCAUCAUGCAAGUUGGCUUGGCCACAAAAAUCAAAAACUACUACAAAAGGAAACCUGGAAAAGAUCCUGGAGCACCAGACUGUAAAUAUGGAGAGACCGUGUACUGCCACACAUCACCUUUCCUGGGUUCUCUUCACCCUGGACAGCUGCUCCAGGCAUUUGAAAACAACCUUUUCCGUGCUCCGAUCUACCUGCACAAGAUGCCAGAGACUGAUUUCUUGGUUCUACGAACACGUCACGGCCUUUACAUCAGAGAGAUUGUGGACAUUUUUGUAGUUGGACAGCAGUGCCCCUUGUUUGAAGUUCCUGGGCCCAACUCCAAACGAGCCAAUACACACAUCAGAGACUUCCUACAAGUGUUCAUUUACCGCUUGUUCUGGAAGAGCAAAGACCGGCCACGCAGAAUCCGCAUGGAAGACAUAAAGAAAGCCUUUCCCUCACACUCAGAGAGCAGCAUCAGGAAACGACUAAAACUGUGCGCUGACUUCAAACGCACAGGAAUGGAUUCUAACUGGUGGGUGCUGAAGCCGGACUUCAGGUUGCCUACAGAGGAGGAAAUCAGGGCCAUGGUGUCUCCAGAGCAGUGUUGUGCUUAUUAUAGCAUGCUUGUGGCAGAGCAAAGGCUCAAGGAUGCUGGAUAUGGCGAGAAAUCCUUCUUUGCUCCAGAGGAGGAGAACGAAGAGGACUUUCAAAUGAAGAUCGAUGAUGAGGUGCGGACGGCUCCUUGGAACACAACAAGAGCUUUCAUUUCUGCCAUGAAGGGGAAAUGCCUGUUGGAAGUUACAGGCGUGGCUGAUCCUACAGGCUGCGGAGAAGGUUUCUCCUACGUCAAAGUACCCAACAAGCCCACUCAACAAAAGGAUGACAAAGAGCCACAGCCUGCUAAGAAAACAGUGACAGGGACAGACGCUGACCUGAGGAGACUCUCACUGAAGAAUGCAAAGCAGCUGCUGCGCAAGUUCGGCGUUCCAGAGGAAGAGAUUAAGAAGCUCUCACGCUGGGAGGUGAUUGACGUGGUGAGAACCAUGUCCACAGAGCAGGCCCGUUCAGGCGAGGGACCCAUGAGCAAGUUCGCCAGAGGCUCUCGUUUCUCUGUUGCUGAACACCAGGAGCGCUACAAGGAAGAGUGCCAGAGGAUCUUUGAUCUUCAGAACAAAGUGCUUGAGUCAACAGAGGUGCUCUCCACAGACACAGACAGCAGCUCAGCAGAGGACAGUGACUUUGAGGAGAUGGGGAAGAACAUUGAGAACAUGCUGCAGAACAAGAAAACGAGCUCCCAGCUUUCCCGAGAGAGGGAAGAGCAGGAGAGGAAGGAGCUGCAGAGGAUGCUGAUGGGCGAGGAGAGCGAUCGUGACCACAAGGGACGCAAGGAGAGGCGCAAAGGCUUGUCCAGCUCCCUGUCCACCAGCUCCCACAAAGACGACGACACUUCCUCCGUUACCAGCCUCAACUCCUCAGCCACAGGACGGCGACUCAAGAUCUAUCGCACUUUCAGGGAUGAGGACGGCAAGGAGUAUGUCCGCUGCGAGACAGUACGAAAAGCUUCCGUCAUCGACGCCUACACCAGGAUCAGAACCACCAAGGACGAUGAAUUCAUACGAAAGUUUGCCCUCUUUGAUGAGCAGCACAGAGAAGAGAUGAGGAAGGAGCGCCGGCGUAUUCAGGAGCAGCUGAGGAGGCUGAAGAGAAACCAAGAGAAAGACAAGAUCAAGGGACCUCCUGAGAAGAAGGCCAAGAAGGUCAAAGAGAGACCAGACCUCAAGGUAAAAUUAAAGUGCGGCGCGUGUGGAGCCAUUGGACACAUGAGGACCAAUAAGUUCUGCCCGCUGUACUAUCAAACCAAUGCCCCGCCUUCUAACCCAGUUGCCAUGACAGAGGAGCAGGAGGAGGAGCUGGAGAAGACCGUAAUCCAUAAUGACAAUGAGGAGCUGAUCAAGGUGGAGGGCACCAAGAUUGUGCUGGGCAAACAGCUCAUAGAGAGUGCUGAUGAGGUGCGAAGAAAAUCUUUAGUCCUCAAGUUCCCCAAACAACAGCUCCCACCAAAGAAGAAGAGACGCGUAGGCAACGCUGUGCACUGUGACUACCUCAAUAAACCACACAAGGCCAUCCACCGCAGACGCACUGACCCCAUGGUGACCUUGUCUUCUGUGCUGGAGAGCAUCAUCAAUGACAUGCGGGAUCACCCCAAUACGUAUCCAUUCCACACACCAGUCAAUGCCAAGGUUGUCAAGGACUACUAUAAGAUCAUCACUCGGCCCAUGGACCUGCAGACGCUGAGGGAGAAUGUUCGCAAACGCAUGUAUCCAUCGAGAGAGGAGUUCCGUGAAGCAGUCGAAGUUAUCGUCAAGAACAGCGCAACCUACAAUGGAGCAAAACAUCCAAUAACACAGGUUGCACAGUCCAUGCUGGACCUGUGCGAUACCAAACUGAAAGAGAAGGAGGACAGGCUGGUGAGGCUGGAGAAAGCCAUCAACCCUUUGCUGGAUGAUGACGAUCAGGUGGCCUUCUCCUUCAUCCUGGACAACAUCGUGACCCAGAAGAUGAUGGUUGUUCCUGAUUCAUGGCCGUUUCACCAUCCCGUCAACAAAAAGUUUGUGCCUGAUUAUUACAAGGUGAUAGUGAACCCAAUGGAUCUGGAGAGCAUCCGCAAGUACAUCUCCAAACACAAAUAUCAGAACAGAGAGUCGUUCCUUUCAGAUGUCAGUCUCAUCCACACCAACAGUAUCAAGUACAAUGGCCCAGACAGUCCAUACACUAAGACAGCCCUGGAUAUUGUCAAUGUGUGCAAGCAAACUUUGGCAGAGUACGAUGAGCACUUGACCCAGUUGGAGAAGGACAUCUCGACCGCUAAAGAGGCGGCUCUGGACGCAGCAGACUUGGAGUGCCUGGACCCAAUGACGCCUGGGCCGUACACACCGCAGGGUCGCCACAGCAGAAGACCCGGGGAGGAAGAGUCAGAUGUGGACAUUGAAGGCUUUGAGGAGGAAGAUGAUGGCAAACCCAAGACUCCUGCUCCUGCAGAGGAUGCAGACGGAGAUCUAGAGGACGAAGAUGAUGAAGAGGACAUGCUGCUGCCGCCUCGCAGACGCGUGCACGACCAGGAGGAAGAGGAGGAGGAGGAGGAAGAUGACGGACUAUCUAACCGCCCAGCACAAGCCAGCGUGCUGUACCAGGAUCUGCUCAUGUCUGACGGAGAAGAUGACGCCAGCGAAGAGGAGGGCGACAACCCUUUCUCCUCUAUACACCUGUCCGAGAGCGGCAGUGACUCUGACAGAGAGGUAGAUGUGCGACCUGCACCUCCACGGAGAGCUCAAGACACCGCCCGCAUGGGCAUGGAGCAAGACGAGAGCAUGAUGUCAUAUGAUGGCGACGGGCCUGAUGAGCCUCACAUGGAAGACAGCAAUGUCAGUUACGGCAGCUACGAUGAGACUGAGAGCCGCAGUCAGAUGCAGGCCUCCAGUAUGGGAAAUGGAGAAGAAUACGGCAUCAGCGAAGAGGAGGAGGAAGAUGAGGAAGAUGAAGCACGGAGGAGAGGCCCGGCUGUGCUCUCGCAGGUCCAGCUCAGUGAAGACGAGGAGAGCGAAGAAUUCAGAUCCAUAGGAGGAGACAGCGACAUGGACUCAGACAACUAGUGACAUUUUCUUAUUUUAUCCGCAGUAUUAAAAAAAAGAACAUUGUUCAUAAUCACAGUUUUAAAAUUGAGAUUUCUCAGAAAAAUGUUUUGUACAUACUUUUUUUGUAAAUGAUCAUAAAUGAAUAAUGUUUAUAGCUUCCUCCUCUGUUUUACACACCGUAUAGACACACACAGCACAUUGUAAAUCUCAGUUUGCCUUUUAUAAGUUGAAUAUCAUGUUCCGUGUGUGUCUCUAAACAUGAAAGUUUGUGUACAGUCCUUUUGCACUGUUUUAACUCUUUCGUAACCUGUGCUAAUAGUUAAGCCAGUCUGUUUUUUCUAUCCCACCUCCUUAUUGAAAAAUAGAAUAAACAUGCUGCAACAUACUGUUAACACACAGCUCUUUCUUUAAAAAAAUCAUAUAUUAGUAACAGACAUUGAACUGCAGUAUGAGAUCAUUUAAUGUUCAAACACGUAUUUCAAAUUUAAUAUUUAAUGCAUAAUGAGUUAAAACAAGACUGGGUUUGGGAUUAGGAUUUUAUUGACGGGUUAGUGGCCGAAAAACAUGGCAGACAUUCUGGCAGGUCAUCACAGGAGAAACACAGGUGCAAAUAAUACUGUAAACAACAUCGUUUCUUACAUCCG